AUGGCCAAUCUCUUUUAUUCUAUUCUUGACAUUCACCCGUCAGCAAAAAAUGAGAAUCCUGAAGAACCGAAGCCAUGGAAUGAAAUUCUUGUUACAGACAAUUACCCUCCCGCAUGCAUGCAAAAAAGCAAAAUCUAUAUCGAAGAACAUCGCAAUUAUUUCGGCGAAUUCGAUGAAGACUGUUUAUAUUUAAAUAUCUAUGUCCCACGGUUUGUUCCUAUUUAUCUAUUUCAUUGUGUUCAUCUAUCUAUCUAUCUAUCUAUCUAUCUAUCUAUCUAUCUAUCUAUCUAUCUCAAUCACUUCAUACCUAUCUAUCCAUCUAUUUCAGUGUGUUCAUCUAUCUAUCUAUCUAUCUAUCUAUCUAUCUAUCUAUCUAUCUAUCUAUCUAUCUCAAUCACUUCAUACCUAUCUAUCCAUCUAUUUCAGUUUGUUCAUCUAUCUGUUUCAGUCUGUUCAUCUAUCUAUCUAUCUAUCUCAAUCACUUCAUAUCUAUCUAUCCAUCUAUUUCAGUGUGUUCAUCUAUCUAUCUAUCUAUCUAUCUAUCUAUCUAUCUAUCUAUGUUUACGCAUACCCAUGUCAAUAUCUUUGUGUGUAUCUAUCUCACUGAGUAUGUUCGUAUCUAACUCUGUUCAUAUCAAUUUGUGUCUGUUCCUAUCUAUCUAUCUAUCUAUCUAUCUAUCUAUCUAUCUAUCUAUCUAUCUCAAUCACUUCAUAUCUAUCCAUCUAUUUCAGUUUGUUCAUCUGUUUCAGUCUGUUUAUCUAUCUAUCUAUCUAUCUAUCUAUCUAUCUAUCUAUCUAUCUAUCUAUCUCAAUCACUUUAUAUCUAUCUAUCCAUCUAUUUCAGUUUGUUCAUCUAUCUAUCUAUCUAUCUAUGUUUACGGACGCAUACCCAUUUUGAGUCUGUUCCUUCCUAUCUAUCUAUCUAUCUAUCUAUCUAUCUAUCUAUCUAUCUCAAUCACUUCAUAUCUAUCUAUCCAUCUAUUUCAGUUUGUUCAUCUAUCUGUUUCAGUCUGUUUAUCUAUCUAUCUAUCUAUCUAUCUAUCUAUCUAUCUAUCUAUCUAUACGACAAAAAAGGAGCCCCUUCCUGUCUUUGCUUUUGUCCACGGAGGGUCAAAUAUCGUGGGCAUGGCAGCCAUGCAUGACGGUGAUGUUUUCGCCUCCCACGCAGAAAUCAUUGUUGUCAUGAUGAAUUACCGCCUCGCAGCUUUCGGAUUCCUUACCUUGGCCGAUCCGGAACUUCCGGGUAAUUAUGGACUUAUGGAUCAGUUGUUAGCCCUGAAAUGGAUCCAGAGAAACAUCGAAUUUUUUGGCGGUGACAAAAACAAAGUCACUCUGAGUGGACACAGCGCGGGAGCCGGUGAUGUAGGUCUACAUACUUUGUCCAGCUUAGCUAAAGGUUUGUUUCGCUUUAGCAUCUGUCACAGCGGAAGCGGCACGGCACCAUGGGUGAUUUUGAAGACCAAUAAUGAAUUGCUGAAAAGUGUGAAAGAUUAUGUAGCGAAAAUGGACUGCCUUAAGGAAACUUCUCUUGAAAUCAAGCAUUGUCUCAGGCAAAAACCAGCAAAAUUGAUCGCGACGACUUGGAUAACGCCCCCUCCCAUCGGUUAUAGUUUUUACGCCAUCACAUACAAAUACCUUUCGGAUACGCCUGCAAAUUUAUUUGCGAAUGGGUCGCUUAACUCAGAAGCCAUGAUGCUCGGUGUCACUAAAGACGAAGGUUCAAUUGCAGGUUUAAAGAUGCCCGAUUAUUAUGACACAAAUAAUUUCAUCUCCAUGAUUAUUCGAAACAAAAGAGGCUUUCCCCGUGUCCCGCAUAUUGAUGAUUUAAUAAUACAUGAAUAUAUGCAAUGGGAAAAUCCUCACCCUGAAAACGUCUCUGGAAAAAAGAGCUUAUCAGAGUUGUUUGGCGAUUACAGUUUGACAUACCCAUGCAUCCAGUGUGUGGAACUUCUUGCCAAAAGGAAAUUUCCGGUCUAUUUCUACACGUUUUUCCAUCGGUCCACAGAAGAUAAGCGACCCGAAUGGAUAGGAGUUCCCCAUGGUGAGGAUAUUUUUUACUUGUUUGGUGCUCCCUUGGUGGGUCACGCUUUGCGAAACUAUACCGAUGUGGAUAAAGAGGUCAGCAAAAAGUUAAUGACAUUCUUUGGUAACUUCGUGAAAACUGGGAAGGCCUUCAUUGGUACACAAGAGUUCCGAUAUUACACAUCGAAAGAAAAACAAUUCAUCAAGUUCUACAGCGAGAAUAACACAGCCUUGGUCAGCCAUGACACUAAUUACCUGCCGAGGCGAAUGGCAUUCUGGGCUAACUUGAUCUCAAAUUUGCAAAAUAAAACUGCCAUUGAGGAGAAGAUGAGGAGAGAUCGGGAACAAAAGGAGGCACAGAAAACGUCCACCUAUCAGCUGCUCACCUGGUUUUUUGUCUCACUUUGUCUCAUACUGAUGUUCACUACGGGUCUCUUUCUGUUUAUCCUCUACAAAAGAAAAAACAUUCUCUCGGUACCGACUUCAAUGUCAUCACGAAACACGCCUGUCAGCAUGUCGGAAGUGCAGGGCACGGCUCAUCUGGUAUCAAAAGAGGCGAAACAAAAUACCAACAAAAAAUGUUCACCAAUAAAUGCCUAA